CGGCCACCAUGCAGUGGUCAUUUUUGGGUAUCGUGGCCAUAUGCAUUAGCAGUCCAGGUAUAUUUUUAAGUUCGUGUCUGUGCCUGACAGUACAGUAGCAACUCAGCUGUUGUUUGUCCACUUGUAUAACAGAAAUACGUUUUUUAAAAAAUUAGUUUCUUUUUGUUUCUCUAUCCUUUUACCUCUAAUCAGCUUUUAAGGGUUGCCUACUGUUAUAUGAACUCAAGAAACCUUUAAACAUUUUUUCUCCAGUAGGUACUUCUAUUUUAAUAGGAUGUCAGAGAAACAAAACUCCUCAACUCCAGGAGAUGGCAUACGUUCUCUGAAGACUAGUAGUGUGUUUCGCGUGGUUAAUUUUGAAUUGUAUACUAAGCCCAACAUCGUCAUAAUGGGUCUGGGAUUAACGGCUCUCACUGGUUGUAUAGGUUACAUAGCCUAUAUGAGGUACAAAUAUGAAAGUCUCGGAUAUUAUGGUGCAGUUCAAGUAGAUGGCAGCGAGCAGUUUGUGAAAAAGAAAUCUAAAUGGGAUUAAAAUUAAAAACAUACACUCAUAUUGUAUAUAGUAGAACAUGGUAUAAUUUAUUUUGUUUUUAAUUAAUAAAAGUAGAUUAUUAGAAA